AUGCCCCUGCAGAGCGAGACCCUCCGCGAGGUGUGGGCCUCCGACAGCGGGCUUGAGGAGGAGGGAUCCAGCCUGGAGGUCCAGGGUCUCCCCAAGCAGCGACCUGCCUUGGGACAGAAGUUGAAGAAGAAGAAAUCUGACACCCCCAAGUCCCCGGGGUCCAAGCCCCGCAGAGCUGGAGCGGGACGCAGGAAGCCUCGUGGGGAGACCCCCGCCGCUGAGCCCACCUCCGAGGCCAACCCGGUCUACGCCAAGUUCCUGCGGGACCCCGAGGCUAAGAAGCGCGACCCCAGGGAAACCUUCCUGGUCGCUCGAGCCCCAGACGCUGGACACAGUGAGCGAGGCCAGAGGGAUGUUCUACCCACAGAGGAGGAAGAGGGUGACCUGGAUGAGGAAGAUGAGGAGGAGGAGGAGGAAAAGAAAGAGAAAACCCCUCAGCCCAUCAAGAAACCACUAAGGGAGAAGGAGAGAAAGACCAAGGCCCAGGGAGCAAAAGGGGACCUGGGAAGCCCUGAUCUCCCCCGGAAGCCCCUUAGAAGCAAGAAAAAAGAAGCAGGAGAGGGGACCAAGACAAGACAGGCAAAGAAGAAAGGGGCAGGAGAGGCCAGCAAAGAGCCCUCGGGAAGUCCAACCAGGGUAGGGAAGAAGAUCCCGGCAUCCAUGUUUCUGGUUGGGGAAGGCAGCCCGGCUGAGAAGGCCGUGAAGAAAAAAGCUGUCCCCAAGGGCUCAGAGGAAGAGAGGAAGGACGAGGAGGAAGAGGAGGAAGAGGAGGAGGAAGAGGCAUCUUCGGUGACCAAGAACAGCAACCAGAAAGGCAAAGCAAAGAAAAAAGGCAAAAAGGUUAAAGAGGAGAGAGCCCCGUCUCCACCCGUGGAGGUGGGUGAACCCCGGGAAUUCGUGUUGCAACCAGCGCCCCAGGGCCGGGCAGUGCGCUGCCGGCUAACGAGGGACAAGAAGGGCAUGGACCGCGGCAUGUACCCGACCUACUUCCUGCACCUGGACACCGAGAAGAAGGUGUUCCUCCUGGCCGGCAGGAAGCGCAAACGCAGCAAGACGGCCAACUACCUCAUCUCCAGCGACCCCACCAACCUGUCCCGGGGUGGAGAGAAUUUCAUAGGAAAACUGAGGUCUAACCUCCUGGGGAAUCGCUUCACGGUCUUCGACAAUGGGCAAAACCCGCAACGGGGCGGUGGAGGCGCGGACGUGACCAGCCUGCGCCAGGAGCUGGCAGCAGUGAUCUAUGAAACCAACGUGCUGGGCUUCCGAGGGCCCCGACGCAUGACCAUCAUCAUUCCGGGCAUGAGCUCCGACAACGAGAGGGUCCCCAUCCGGCCGCGAAAUGCCAGCGAUGGGCUGUUGGUACGCUGGCAAAACAAGACGAUGGAAAAUCUCAUUGAACUACAUAACAAGCCACCCGUCUGGAAUGAAGACAGUGGCUCCUACACCCUCAACUUCCAGGGCCGGGUCACCCAGGCCUCAGUGAAGAACUUCCAGAUCGUGCAUGCGGAUGACGCUGACUACAUCGUGCUCCAGUUCGGCCGUGUGGCGGAGGACGCCUUCACGCUGGACUACCGAUACCCACUGUGCGCCCUGCAAGCCUUCGCCAUCGCUCUCUCCAGUUUCGAUGGGAAGCUGGCCUGCGAGUGA